CGAACACAUCUAAAAGAAGAACAAAUUUUAAGAUUUCGAACCGAGUAUGCAAGUGCAUGUCCAUUCUUAUUAUUUACUUUUGUCUCCUGUCAGAGUUUCUGGUGUUGUGAUUAGAUUUUAUAGCUAUGGAUCAGAGAUCAGAGAUAACAUUAUACAAACAGUUGGAAUAUGUAUUUUAAAUAGUUUGUAAUUUAUAGUGAAAAAGUAAAUAGAAAAUAUAAAUAAGAUAUACAAUUGCACACAAGAAUGUGUGAUCGAAUGGAUGGAAUGGAAUCUGAUGAAGAUGAUCCUGUUGUUAGAGAGAUUCCGAUAAUUCAUUCAACACGGCUAGAGGAAACUUUACAUUUAUUCCAAUAUCCACUGAAAAGUAGUUUUUGCAUAAAUCAACACAAUAUUAGGAAAUGUUUCAUUAAACCACAAAAUCGAGAAGUUAAACUGGAAUUAGGCAUUGAUAUUGAUUCCCCAAAUUUCGAUAGUGGUAAAGCUGAGUUCAUAGCAGAGGAAGUUGAUGGGAAUACUAACAAUCCAAAUGAAAAAUAUUUUGAAAGUGGUCUUGUUGAUAAAGUAUUCUUACAAUCUACUAGACCUAUUGAAGACCCUAAUAAAUAUGCAGCAGCUGUAUACAAUGGUAGAGAAAUUCAUCUUACAGCUCUCAAAGAUGCAUUUCAGUUUCGACCAACUUUUCCCUAUAUGGAAAAGGGAUUAAAAAGGAAAAAAACUAUGGAUACCAAUGAUUCUGAUGAAGAGGCUGGACCAAGUACUGUAGAAAAAGUGACCGUAAAGUUCAAAUCUAAUGAUGAAAGAUGGAAAAAAAAUGAGAACAGUUACAAAACACUGAAAGAUAGGAGUGCUGAAGAACCUUGGAUUGAAUGUUCCUGGCAUAAUGAGAAUAGUGUGCAAAGUAAUGUGGAAAGGCUGAAAUUAAUAUCGGAUAACACAGAGGACACAGUUCAAGCAAAUUACCUUACUGAUUCUGAAUAUAUAAAGCUUUUAAUUCCAGAAAAUAAAGAAAAGACACCUUUGGAACCUUCCUUACCAUCCCACAUGCUCUCUCUUCAUGCCUUAAGGGAAUUGCCUGUUUUAGAACAAUGUAGAUUACUGUUGAAGGAUGCUCAAAUCAUUCAAUUUCAACAACUCCUGCUGCUGCUAACAGGAGGGCCUACCGCAGACGUCCUGUUGAAAACUCUCCCAAAUGUAGCAAAUCUGGUUAGAGGUAACUGGGUGGUGAAAUCUGAAGUCCUAUACCCCGCUAAUACACUUUCUGCCACUUGUGGAGUUCCAGCAGAGUCUAUGUGCAGAGCAAGGGACUAUGUUUUGUAUUUAUUUACAAAAAAUCAAUUCGUGGAACGAAAAAAGGUGUCUCCCUUGCUGAAAAUCCCUUCUGAAGAAAUUAAGCGAAUAUUUGAAGGGAUUUCCCGUCUUCGGCUCGAAAACAAAAAAUGGGAACUUCUUCUACCCAGUGAUGUGGAUUUUAUCAAUAAACACACUGAUUUGGUGCAAAAACAAAACUUGUUGUGGGAACACCGGUUCCAUCAACUGAGUGAAUAUUUGAAAGACAAUAAAAGUCAACGUCGAAAAAGUCGGAGUGAAAGUAAAAGUAUUAGUGAGGAUGGGAAACCUAAAAAUAUUCCUAGUUCGGAUGAUGAUUCGGGUACAGAAAAAAGUAAAACUACUGUGGGUGCUAAGAAAAAAAACCUGCCAAAUUCAGCUGUCAAAUAACAGGUGUUAAUUUAUUUGUUAGAAUUUGAUUUUUUCAAAUUGCCUAUAUUGUGAGAUUUUUUCUAAUAUAUUUUUUCGUUGUACGUAAAUAAUAUACCUUAUA